AGCUGUGUUCUCUCACCCUGCUUUUCUCGGGAGGGAAGAGUUGGAGAGGUUUGGCUGCUUGGAAAAAAUAUUACUUAAAUCACUGGUUGGAAAACUGCAAAAAGGACUAAGAAGGGGUAUCUGUUUAAGCUCACAGUGAAUGGAAAAAGCCCAGCUUCCUUAUUUUGAGGUUGCUGAUAAUUUGGUUGUUGGCUUUUUUUCACGAUCUGUAAUACUUAACCAGUAUGGAAACGGAGGAAGUUGAAUAUGAGGAGGAGUAUGAAGAGUAUGAAGAGGAGGUUGUGGAGCAGGAGAGUAAAGAAGAGGUCAUACAGCAUACAAAGGUCAUAGAGUCAUCAGGAAGUGACCUCCAGGCGGGCUUGCCUGUGAGGAAGGUGAAGAAGAAGAAGAAGGUGGACACAUCCAAAUUCAUGACCCCUUACCUGGCCCACAGCCAAAAAAUGCAGGAGCUCUUCAGUCAGAACAAAUACAAGGAGAAUUAUGAAAAGGAGAGAGGAAAACCCUAUGGGAUUGAAACUGACACCCCAGAGCUUCGCAUGAUCAGGAAGGCUCAGGAACAGCUCAGCGAGGUCAAAUACCGCAUGGACGGUCAUAAAUCUCAGACAUUGAGCAACUUUGACGGAAAGGCCAGGGAGGUUGAGCAUGCGAAAAAGGUUUCACAGCUUAUUAGCAAGGUUCUGUACAGGCAGAAGUGGGAUGAGGUCAAGGACAGGUACUUGCUCCCCCCAGACGCCCCUGAACUUGUGCAAGCUGUGAAGAAUGCUGCUAACUUCAGUCAGAAACUGUACACCGAAGCCUGGGACGAGGAUAAGACUAUGUACUACCCUUACAGUGACAGCCCUGAGCUCAGGAGGGUUUCAAAAGCCCAGAAAAUGCUGAGUGAUAUUCAGUACAAGAAGGGACAUGAUGAGCGCAAGGCCAAGUACACCUCACUGGCUGACCCCCCUGAGGUGAUCCUCGCCAAGAAGGUGUUCACACAGCGCAGUGAUCUCAAGUACCACGAGGAAUAUAAUAAGAAUGUCAAGGGCAAGUGGAGCCAGACGCCUUGCUAUGAGGUUGCUGUUGCAAGAAUGGUCUCUGACAACCUCAGUAGUAAAAAGUACCAGGCUGCUUACGAGGAUAUGAAAGAUCAGAUUUACUUCAUGCAAACAGACACCCCAGAGUACGACGCGAACAAGAAGGCAAGGACUGCUGCUAGCUCGGUGAAAUACAGACAAGAUUUUGAGAAGACUAAAAAUGUUUCAGAUUAUAAUGUGCUUCCUGCCACAGAGAAUCCUCUGCUGAGGCAGCUUCGAUACGCUGGGAAGAUCUUGAGUGAUAAAAAUUACAAGGGCUCAUAUGAGAAAUCAAGAGGAAAAAGUAUUAACUACUGCGACACGCCAAAGUUUAAAAUGGAUAGCGUUCUGAAGCAGUUUAGUGACGUCAAAUAUAAAGAGGCUUAUGAGACGAAUGUUAAGGGACAUUAUAUGGGCAGCUAUGAGAACCCGGACAUGCUCCACUGCCAGAAGAUGGAAGAGCUGAAGAGUGAUAAAAACUACAGGGCUGAUUAUGAAGCAGAUAAGACAAGAUGCUAUUUUGCUCAAACUGUUACUCCUGAAUAUGAAGCUAUAAAGAAAUCAUACCAGUGUAAAGAUAGUGUAUACAGACAUCAUCCAGAUACUGUUAAAUUCACACAAGUGACGGAUUCCCCAGGAUUAGUACAAGCAGCAAUCAAUGCAAGACAGCUAAGUGACCUUAACUAUAAAGAAAAAUAUGAGAAAGAGAAAUUCAAAUGCUCCCUGCCUGUCGACUAUCCAUUUUUCAUUCAGUCCAGAGUCAAUGCCUACAACCUCAGUGACAACUGUUACAAGUAUGAAUGGGACAAAGCAAAAGCCAAGAAGUUUGAGAUCAAAGUGGAUGCGAUUCCCCUUCUUGCUGCUCGAGCUCACACUAAUAUCGCCAGUGAUGUGAAAUAUAAGAAAGAGUACGAGCAGUCCAGAGGGAAGAUGGUGGGAGCCCUCAGCAUUCAGGAUGAUCCCAAGAUUUUACAUUCUGUCCAUGUGGCUAAAAUCCAAAGUGAACGUGAGUACAAGAAGGACUAUGAAAAGAUGAAGACCAAAUACCACGCUCCACUGGAUAUGAUCCUGGUUACCCUGGCGAAGAAAUCCCAGAGCAUUGCCAGCAACGCAGACUAUAAGAAAUUGCACCACAGCUACUUUUACCCUCCUGACAGCAUGUCUCUGGAGCUGGCGAAGAAAGCUUACACUAUGCAAAGCGAGAACGAUUACAGAUCGGAUUACAAUAACUACCAGAAGGGCAUUGGCUGGGUUCCUUACGGCUCUAUGGAAGUGGAAAAGGCCAAAAAUGCUGGAGCAAUCCUAAAUGAGAAAAAGUAUCGCCAGCACCCAGACACUAUUAAAUUCACUGCGAUUGAGGACAAUCCAAUCAUGGUGCAGGCAAAGAUCAACCAGCACCAGAGGAGUGAUCUGAAUUACAAGAAAGAGGGCGAGAAGGUCCUGCACAAAUAUAUAAUGAAUCCAGAUGAACCCGCACUGAUCCAGUCUAAAGUCAAUGCUCUCAAUAUCAGCCAGAGCUGCUACACUCUUGACUGGAAGGAUACUAUUCGCAAAGGCUAUGACCUCAGGAUUGAUGCAAUCCCUAUUAUUGCUGCUAAGGCUGCUCGCAAGGCUGUUAGUGAUUUCCAGUACAAGAAGGAAUACGAAAAGCAAAGAGGCCAUCACGUGGGCUUCCGCAGCCUGCAGGACGACCCCAAGCUGGUCCACUACAUGAACGUGGCUAAGAUGCAGUCUGAGCGCGAGUACAAGAAGGACUACGAGAAGACCAAGACCAAGUACCACACUCCCGUAGACAUGUUUAACGUGAUCAAUGCUAAGAAGGCUCAGGACAUCGCCAGCAACACCGGCUACAAGCAGCUGAUCCAUCACUACAGCCUCCUGCCCGAUGCCAUGAACCUGCAGCUUUCCAAGAACAUGAUGCAAAUCCAGAGCGACAAUGAAUACAAAGCUGAGUAUUCUAACUGGGUGAAAGGAACAGGGUGGGUCCCGAUUGGUUCUCUGGAUGUGGAGAAGGCCAAGAAGGCAGGGGAAGCCUUGAAUGAGAAGAAGUACAGACAGCACCCCGACACCAUCAAGUUCACCAGUGUGACUGACUCCCUUGUCAUGGUUCAGGCUAAACUCAACGCCCACCAGCUCAGCGACAAAGAAUACAAAGCUGGCGCCGAAGAGAUAAAGCACACGUAUCAUCUCCCAGCAGAUGCUCCGGAGUUACUCCAGGCUAAAUGCAACGCCAUUAACAUCAGUGAGAAAUGCUACAAAUUGAAAUGGAACAAGAGCCUGGUUGAAGGACACAACCUGAAACAGGAUGCUAUCUCCAUUGUUGCUGCUAAGGCAUCCAGAAACAUUGCUAGUGAUUACAAGUACAAGUUGGCUUAUGAGAAGGCGAGAGGCCAUCACGUGGGCUUCCGCAACCUACAGGACGACCCCAAGCUGGUCCACUACAUGAACGUGGCUAAGAUGCAGUCUGAGCGCGAGUACAAGAAGGACUACGAGAAGUCCAAGACCAAGUACCACACUCCUGCAGACAUGGUCAGCAUCACAUCAGCCAAGAAAUCUCAAGAAGUGGCUACCAACAGUGGCUACAAGCAGCUGCUCCACAGCUACACCUUUCUCCCCGACGCCAUGAACGUGGAGCUGGCCAGGAACAUGAUGCGCAUUCAGAGUAAUAAUGAGUAUAAGUCUGAGUACAACAACUGGUUCAAAGGUAUUGGUUGGGUCCCGAUCGGGUCGCUGGAGGUAGAGAAAGCAAAGAAGGCCGGGCAAGCUCUGAAUGAGAACAAAUACCGACAGCACCCAGACACCAUCAAAUUCACCUCUGUGACUGACUCCAUGAACAUGGUCCUCGCAACAAGCAACAGCAAACAACUCAGUGAAAUCACCUAUAAAGCCCCUGGCGAGAAACUGAAGCAUAAAUACCACCUGCCAUCGGACAGCCCGCAGUUUUUACAGGCUAAGGCCAAUGCCUUGAAUAUCAGUGAGUCUUACUACAAGCAGAGCUGGAUCAAACAUCUUGCGAAGGGAUAUGACUUGAAACCAGAUUCAAUUUCUGUCCUUGCUGCUAAAGCUUCAAGAAACAUUGCCAGCGAUUACAAGUACAAGUUGGCUUAUGAGAAGGCGAGAGGCCAUCACGUGGGCUUCCGCAGCCUGCAGGACGACCCAAAGCUGGUCCACUACAUGAACGUGGCUAAGAUGCAGUCUGAGCGCGAGUACAAGAAGGACUACGAGAAGUCCAAGACCAAGUACCACACUCCUGCAGACAUGGUCAGCGUCAAUCAGGCCAAGCAGGCCAUGGCUGUCAUAACCAACUGCAACUACAAGCAGCACUUCCACAACUACACCCUCCUCCCUGAUGCCAUGAAUGUGCAACUGGCCCGGAAUAUGAUGCACAUUCAGAGUGAUAAUGAAUACAAGAGUGAUUACAACAACUGGUUUAAAGGGAUGGGGUGGGUGCCAAUCGCUUCUCUUGAAGUGGAAACUGCAAAGAAAGGUUCUGAAAUCAAGAGCGAGAAGAAGUACCGUCAGCUCCCUGAAACCUUGAAAUUUAGCAAACUGAUGGACUCCAUGGACCUUGUUCUGGCUAAGGCUAAUGCUCAGACAAUGAAUAUGCGAGCAUACAGAGAUGUCUGGAACAAGGAGAAGACCAAGAUCCACAUCAUGCCGGACACUCCUGAAAUAAUUCUGUCCAAAGCCAAUCAGAUCAAUGUCAGCGAGAAAGCCUAUAAACAAGGCUUGGAAGAACUGAAGAAGAAGGGAUAUGACCUCAAACCUGAUUCCAUUUCAGUCAUGGCAGCUAAGGCUAACAGUAAUAUUGCAAGUGAUUACAAGUACAAGUUGGCUUAUGAGAAGGCGAGAGGCCAUCACGUGGGCUUCCGCAGCCUGCAGGACGACCCCAAGCUGGUCCACUACAUGAACGUGGCUAAGAUGCAGUCUGAGCGCGAGUACAAGAAGGACUACGAGAAGUCCAAGACCAAGUACCACACCCCCAUAGACAUGUUCAGUGUCAUUGCUGCCAAGAACUCCCAGAAUGUGACCUCCAAUACUGGCUACAGGCAGCAUUUCAACCACUACACGGUCCUGCCUGAUGCAAUGAACCUGGAGCUGUGCAGGAACAUGAUGCACAUUCAGAGUGACAAUGCAUAUAAAUCUGACUACAACAACUGGUUCAAAGGUACAGGUUGGGUCCCGAUCGGCUCGCUGGAAAUUGAGAAGAACAAGAAGGCCGGGGAGAUUCUGAGCGAGAAGAAAUACCGUCAGCCUCCAGAUACCAUUAAAUUCACCAGUGUCACUGACUCCAUGGAUGUAGUCCUGGCUCAGGCCAAUGCUAAGAUAAUGAGCAAGCACCUGUAUACAGACGCCUGGGACAAAAUGAAGACCUCUGUCCAUGUCAUGCCAGACACACCUGAAAUUGUUCAAGCUAAAGCAAAUGCCAUUACAAUGAGCCAGAAAAAGUACAGGCUGGGGAUGGAAUUGUCUAAGAAGAAGGGUUAUGAUUUGAGGGUGGAUGCUAUUGCAAUCAAGGCUGCUAAAGCUUCAAGCAACAUCGCAAGUGACUACAAGUACAAGUUGGCUUAUGAGAAGGCGAGAGGCCAUCACGUGGGCUUCCGCAGCCUGCAGGACGACCCCAAGCUGGUCCACUACAUGGAAGUGGCUAAGAUGCAGUCCGAGCGCGAGUACAAGAAGGACUACCAGAAGUCCAAGACCAAGUACCACACUCCUGCAGACAUGGUCAGCGUCAAUCAGGCCAAGCAGGCCAUGGCUGUCAUAACCAACUGCAACUACAAGCAGCACUUCCACAACUACACCCUCCUCCCUGAUGCCAUGAAUGUGCAACUGGCCCGGAAUAUGAACUUCAUUCAGAGUGAUAAUGCUUACAAAAGCGAUUACAACAGCUGGUUUAAAGGCAUGGGCUGGGUACCGAUAGGCUCCCUGGAAGUGGAGAAAGCGAAGAACGCUUCCAAAAUCGGGAGUGAGAAGAGGUACCGGCAGCACCCUAGCACCGUGAAGUUCACCUCCGUUACUGACUCCGUGGACCUGGAGCUAGCCAAGGCAAAUGCGCUGACCAUGAAUAAGCACCUGUACACAGGAGCCUGGGAGGCUGAUAAAGGGAAGACUCACGUCACGUCAGACUUGCCUCAGAUUGUGCUAGCCAAGCAGAACAAUGUGGCUAUCAGUGAGAAAUUGUACAAACUUGCCUGGGAGGAAUCUAAGAAGAAAGGAUAUGACCUGAGAUCUGAUGCCAUUUCCAUCAAAGCAGCCAAAGCCUCCAGGGACAUUGCUAGCGACUACAAGUACAAGGCAGGCUUCCGCAAGCAAACCGGACACCACAUUGGAGCCCGCAGCAUCCAAGACGACCCCCUACUUGUCUUGGCUUUACACUCGGCCAAGAUCGCGAGUGACGCAGAGUACAAGAAGGAAUUUGACAAGUCCAAGACUAGGUUCAACCUGCCUGUAGACAUGAUGGCCUUUAUGCUAGCUAAGAAAAACCAGAUCCAGGUCAGCGACAUCGACUACAAACACCACCUGCACAAGUGGACGUGUCUGCCAGACCAGAACGACGUCAUCCAGGCAAAGAAAGCCUAUGAACUCCAGAGUGAUAAUGAAUAUAAAUCUGAGUACAACAGCUAUUUCAAAGGGCUGGGUUGGGUCCCGAUCGGCUCGCUGGAUGUUGAGAAGUCCAAGAAGGCCGGGGAGAUUCUGAGCGAGAAGAAAUACCGUCAGCCUCCAGACACCAUUAAAUUCACCAGUGUCACUGACUCCAUGGAUGUAGUCCUGGCUCAGGCCAAUGCUAAGACAAUGAGCAAAAAACUGUACAGUGAGGCCUGGGAAAAUGAGAAGAGCAAGAUUCAUAUAAUGCCUGACACACCUGAAAUCGUCCUGGCCAAAUGCAACGCUAUCAACACCAGUGAGAAAAUGUACAGACUGGCGCUGGAAGAGUCUAAGAAGAAGGGAUAUGAUCUUAGAGCUGACGCUAUUUCUAUCAAGGCUGCUAAGGCAUCAUGUAACAUUGCCAGUGAUUACAAGUAUAAGGAAGGCUUCCGCAAGCAAACAGGACACCACAUUGGAGCCCGCAGCAUCCAAGACGACCCCCUACUUGUCUUGGCUUUACACUCGGCCAAGAUCGCUAGUGAUGCAGAGUACAAGAAGGAAUUUGACAAGUCCAAGACUAGGUUCAACCUGCCAGUAGACAUGCUGUCCUUUGAGCUGGCUAAGAAAAACCAGAUCCAGGUCAGCGACAUCGACUACAAACACCUCCUGCACAAGUGGACGUGUCUGCCAGACCAGAACGACGUUGUCCAAGCCAGAAAGGUCUAUGACAUGCAGAGUGAUGCUGUGUAUAAGGCAGACCUGCAGUGGUUGAGGGGCAUUGGCUGGACCCCCAUCGGGUCGCUCGAUGUUGAGAAAGCAAAGAAGGCUGGAGAGAUCCUGAGUGAGAAUAAGUACCGCCAACAUCCGAGCACAUGGAAAUUCACAAGCAAAACUGAUGCAAUGCCACUAGCCCUGGCCAAGGCCAAUGCACAGACAAUUAACAAGAAACUGUACACUGAAGCCUGGGAGAAAGACAAGACCACGAUUCACAUCAUGCCCGACUCAAUGGAGAUCACACUGGCACAAAAAAACAAAGUCGCCUACAGUGAGAAACAAUACAAACUUGCUAAUGAAGAGUCCAAGAAGAAGGGUUAUGACCUGCGUGCCGAUGCCAUCUCAAUCAAGGCAGCCAGAGCCUCCAGGGAUAUCGCCAGUGACUACAAAUACAAGGAAGGCUUCCGCAAGCAAACUGGACACCACAUUGGAGCCCGCAGCAUCAAAGACGACCCCCUACUUCUCCUGGCUUUACACUCGGCCAAGAUCGCUAGUGACGCAGAGUACAAGAAGGAAUUUGACAAGUCCAAGACUAGGUUCCACCUGCCUGUAGACAUGCUGGCCUUUGAGCUGGCUAAGAAAAACCAGAUCCAGGUCAGCGACAUCGACUACAAACACCAUCUGCACAAGUGGACGUGUCUGCCAGACCAGAACGACGUUGUCCAAGCCAGAAAGGUCUAUGACAUGCAGAGUGAUGCUGUGUAUAAGGCAGACCUGCAGUGGUUGAGGGGCAUUGGCUGGACCCCCAUUGGGUCUCUCGAUGUUGAGAAAGCCAAGAAGGCUGGAGAGAUCCUGAGUGAGAAUAAGUACCGCCAACAUCCGAGCACAUGGAAAUUCACAAGCAAAACUGAUGCAAUGCCACUAGCCCUGGCCAAGGCCAAUGCACAGACAAUUAACAAGAAACUGUACACUGAAGCCUGGGAGAAAGACAAGACCACGAUUCACAUCAUGCCCGACUCAAUGGAGAUCACACUGGCACAAAAAAACAAAGUCGCCUACAGUGAGAAACAAUACAAACUUGCUAAUGAAGAGUCCAAGAAGAAGGGUUAUGACCUGCGUGCCGAUGCCAUCUCAAUCAAGGCAGCCAGAGCCUCCAGGGAUAUCGCCAGUGAUUACAAGUACAAGGCAGGCUUCCGCAAGCAAACUGGGCACCACAUUGGAGCCCGCAGCAUCAAAGACGACCCCCUACUUCUCCUGGCUUUACACUCGGCCAAGAUCGCUAGUGACGCAGAGUACAAGAAGGAAUUUGACAAGUCCAAGACUAAGUAUAACCUGCCGGUAGACAUGCUGUCCUUUGAGUUGGCUAAGAAAAACCAGAUCCAGGUCAGCGACAUCGACUACAAACACCACCUGCACAAGUGGACGUGUCUACCAGACCAGAACGAUGUCAUCCAGGCAAAGAAAGCCUAUGAACUCCAGAGCGAUGCUGUGUAUAAGGCUGACCUGGAGUGGUUGAGGGGUGUUGGCUGGUCCACCAUGGGUUCGAUCGAUGUUGAGAAAGUUAAGAAGGCCGGAGAGAUCCUGAGCGAGAGGAAGUACCGCCAGCAUCCAAGCACCGUGAAAUUCACCAGCGUGACAGACUCCAUGGAAAUUGUCUUGGCAAAGAACAAUGCACAAACUAUGAACAAGCGCCAGUACACAGAGGCCUGGGACAAGGAUAAGACCACGAUUCACGUCAUGCCCGACACUCCAGAGAUCAUCCUCGCCAAACAGAACAAGAUCAACACCAGUGAGAAACAAUACAAACUUGCUAAUGAAGAGUCCAAGAAGAAGGGUUAUGACCUGCGUGCCGAUGCCAUCUCAAUCAAGGCAGCCAGAGCCUCCAGGGAUAUCGCCAGUGAUUACAAAUACAAGGCAGGCUUCCGCAAGCAAACCGGACACCACAUUGGAGCCCGCAGCAUCAAAGACGACCCCCUACUUCUCCUGGCUUUACACUCGGCCAAGAUCGCUAGUGACGCAGAGUACAAGAAGGAAUUUGACAAGUCCAAGACUAAGUUCAACUUGCCGGUAGACAUGAUGGCCUUUCUGCUAGCUAAGAAAAACCAGAUCCAGGUCAGCGACAUCGACUACAAACACCACCUGCACAAGUGGACGUGUCUACCAGACCAGAACGACGUCAUCCAGGCAAAGAAAGCCUAUGAACUCCAGAGCGACGCUGUCUACAAGGCGGAUAUGGAUUGGAUGAGAGGUGUUGGAUGGGUUCCAAUUGGUUCGCUGGAUGUGGUGAAAGCAAAGAAAGCUGGAGAAAUUCUCAGUGAACGCAACUAUCGUCAGCACCCAGACAAAUUCAAAUUUACCAGCCUCACUGACUCUAUCCCAAUGGUCCUGGCCAAGACCUGUGCACAGAAUAUCAACGAUCAUUUGUACCGAGAUGCUUGGGAGAAAGAUAAACGGCAUAUUCAUGUGAUGCCAGAUACACCAGAAAUUACUCUGGCGAAGAGUAACUCCAUCAACAUAAGCGAGAAACUUUACAAAAAAGGCUGGAAUGACUCUCUGAAGAAGGGUUACGAUCUACGAGCUGACGCAAUUUCAAUUAAGGCUGCCAGGGCAUCUCGAGAUAUCGCCAGUGAUUACAAGUAUAAGGCAGGCUUCCGCAAGCAAACCGGACACCACAUUGGAGCCCGCAGCAUCCAAGACGACCCCUUACUUCUCCUGGCUUUACACUCGGCCAAGAUCGCUAGUGACGCAGAGUACAAGAAGGAAUUUGACAAGUCCAAGACUAAGUAUAACCUGCCGGUAGACAUGCUGUCCUUUGAGUUGGCUAAGAAAAACCAGAUCCAGGUCAGCGACAUCGACUACAAACACCACCUGCACAAGUGGACGUGUCUGCCAGACCAGAACGACGUCAUCCAGGCAAAGAAAGCUUAUGAACUCCAGAGCGACGCUGUGUAUAAGGCUGACCUGGAGUGGUUGAGGGGUGUUGGCUGGUCCACCAUGGGUUCAAUCGAUGUUGAGAAAGUUAAGAAGGCCGGAGAGAUCCUGAGCGAGAGGAAGUACCGCCAGCAUCCAAGCACCGUGAAAUUCACCAGCGUGACAGACUCCAUGGAAAUUGUCUUGGCAAAGAACAAUGCACAAACUAUGAACAAGCGCCAGUACACAGAGGCCUGGGACAAGGAUAAGACCAUGAUUCACGUCAUGCCCGACACUCCAGAGAUCAUCCUCGCCAAACAGAACAAGAUCAACACCAGUGAGAAACAAUACAAACUUGCUAAUGAAGAGGCCAAGAAGAAGGGCUAUGACCUGCGUGCCGAUGCCAUCUCAAUCAAGGCAGCCAGAGCCUCCAGGGAUAUCGCCAGUGAUUACAAGUACAAGGAAGGCUUCCGCAAGCAAACUGGACACCACAUUGGAGCCCGCAGCAUCCAAGACGACCCCCUACUUCUCCUGGCUGUACACUCGGCCAAGAUCGCUAGUGACGCAGAGUACAAGAAGGAAUUUGACAAGUCCAAGACUAAGUUUCACCUGCCGGUAGACAUGCUGUCCUUUGAGUUGGCUAAGAAAAACCAGAUCCAGGUCAGCGACAUCGACUACAAACACCACCUGCACAAGUGGACCUGUCUGCCAGACCAGAACGACGUCAUCCAGGCAAAGAAAGCCUAUGAACUCCAGAGUGACGUUAUUUACAAGGCUGAUCUCGAAUGGAUUCGAGGCUGUGGCUGGUUGCCCAGUGGCUCUCUGGAUGUAUUGAAAGUAAAGAAGGCUCAAGAUAACCUGAGUGAAAGACAGUACCGUCAGCCUCCUAGUACUGUAAAAUUUACCAGUGCGGUCGACCUGCCUGCCAUUGUGCUGGCCAAAACCAACGCUGAACAGCUCAGUCAAUGGAAGUACAAAGAAGCUUGGGACAAGGAUAAGACCACCAUUCAUGUGAUGCCCGACACACCUGCCGUUGUUUUGUCCAAAGCUAAUGCCAUUAAUAUCAGUGAAUCAUGUUACAAAAAGGCCUGGGAUGACCAGAAGGCAAAGGGCUAUAGCAUCAAGGCAGAUGCGAUUGCAAUAACCAAGGCCAAGGCUUCCAGAGACAUUGCUAGUGAUUACAAGUACAAGGAAGGCUUCCGCAAGCAAACCGGACACCACAUUGGAGCCCGCAGCAUCCAAGACGACCCCCUACUUCUCCUGGCUGUACACUCGGCCAAGAUCGCUAGUGACGCAGAGUACAAGAAGGAAUUUGACAAGUCCAAGACUAAGUAUAACCUGCCAGUAGACAUGCUGUCCUUUGAGUUGGCUAAGAAAAACCAGAUCCAGGUCAGCGACAUCGACUACAAACACCACCUGCACAAGUGGACGUGUCUACCAGACCAGAACGACGUCAUCCAGGCAAAGAAAGCCUAUGAACUCCAGAGCGACGUGGUGUACAAGGCUGAUCUGGAAUGGCUGCGUGGGAUUGGCUGGAUGCCAGACGGCUCCCUGGAGGUCAAGAAAGUUAAGAAUGCCCAAGACCUCAUCAGUGAUAGAAACUAUCGCACCAAAGCAGACAGCACUAAGUUCACUGCAGUGACUGACAGAGUUGAUUAUGUCUCUGCUAAGCAGGCAGCUGAGAUUCUCAAUGAUACUAAGUACCGUGAGGCUUGGAACAACGAAAAGACAAAAUAUACUCUGAUUGACACACCACAGCUGGCUUCGGCACGAGAAGUAGCUAAUAAUUUUAACCAGAAAUUGUACACAGAAAAAUGGGACAAGAUUAAAGCCACAAGCUACUGUAUUCCAACAGAUGCUAUCUCUGUUGAGCAAGCCAGAAAAACACAAAACAUUCAGAGUGAGUGUAAGUACAAAGCUGACUACCUGAAGCAGAGAGGACACCAUGUGGGGUGCCGCAGCAUCCAGGAUGAUCCCAAGCUGGUGUGGUCCAUGCACGUUGCCAAAAUCGCUAGUGACGCAGAGUACAAGAAGGAAUUUGACAAGUCCAAGACUAAGUAUAACCUACCGGUAGACAUGCUGUCCUUCGAGUUGGCUAAGAAAAACCAGAUCCAGGUCAGCGACAUCGACUACAAACACCUCCUGCACCAGUGGACGUGUCUGCCAGACCAGAACGACGUCAUCCAGGCAAAGAAAGCCUAUGAACUUCAGAGCGACUACAUCUACAAAGCUGAUCUUGAAUGGAUUCGCGGGUGUGGCUGGAUCGCUAUGGAUUCGGUUGAUCAUCAGAAAGUCAGGAAAGCACAGGAGAUCCUGAACAAUAGACACUACAAGAAGGAUGCCGUAGAUAACUUUGCAAAGUUCACAAGCGUGGUUGAUCUUCCAGAAAUUGUCCUGGCCAAGAUAAAUAACGCAAAUCUGAGCGACCUGAAGUACAAGGAAUCCUUCAAUCUGGAGAAGGGUCAUUACAUUGGAGCAGCAGACACACCUCAACUGGCUCACUCCAGGGAAGCCGCCAAGAUCACCAGUGAGAAACUUUAUAAGGAACAGUGGGAUAACAGCAAGGCUACAGGCUAUCAGCUGCCUAUAGAUCACCUGCCACUUGUGAUUGCUAAAAAAACAAAGACGAUUGUCAGUGAUGUGAAAUACAAAGAGGAACAUGAAAAGGCCAAGGGGCAUUACCUGGCUGGUAAGGAUAUCAGCGAGUUCCCCAGCGUUGUCCACUCCAUGGCUGUUGAGAAGUUGAAAAGCUUGAUGGCUUACAGGAAGGCUUAUGAUGACAGCAAGACUAAGAUCCAUAUUCCUCAUGACAUGCUGAGCCACGUCAUGGCUAAGAAAUGCCAGCAGAUCCUGAGUGAGAUUGAGUACCGCACCUAUCUGCACCAGUGGACCUGCAUGCCCAACCAACACGAUGUCAUACGUGCCAGGAAGGCCAAUGAGAUCCUCAGCGAUGUGUUUUACAAGGAAGACCUCACCUGGCUGAAGGGAAUGGGAUGCUUUGUCUGGGACACCCCUGAGAUAAUUCGUGCCAAGAAGUCCUACGAACUCCAGAGUAAAAACCUCUAUAAAGCUGCUGGAAUCGCAGAGUUUAAGAACUAUACUGUUGUCACGGAUACCCCAGUGUAUGUGACUGCAGUGACAUCAGCCCAGCAUUCCAGUGACCUGAAAUACAGGGAGGCUUACCACAAGACCAAAGAACAGUACACCAGUGUUCUGGACACUGUGGAUUACACCAGAGUCAAGGGUCUGAAGACCGCUUACAGCAGUAAACUCUACACAGAUGCCUGGGACAAAAUCAAAGCUACAAGCUACAAACUGCCAUCAGAUUCCUUCUCAAUGGCCCUCGCCAAACAGCAGAAGACCAUCGGCAGCUCACUGAAGUACCGUGAGGAUUACGAGAAGUUCAAGGCUCUGUACACCUUGCCCAGGUCUGUGGAGGACGACCCCGCCACAGCGAGAUGCCUUAAAGCUGGAAAACUGGGCAUCGAUCGCCUGUACAGGGCGGAUUAUGAGAAGACCAAGGCCAAGGUGCACAUUGUCCCAGAUAUGCUGGAGAUUGUCGCUGCAAAGAACACCCAGAACAUGGUCAGUGAGAUUGACUACCGCAAGCAUUUCCAUCAGUGGAACUGCCUGCCAGACCAACAAGUCUACAUCCAUGCCCGGAAGGUCAACGAUCAGCUCAGUGAUAUUUGUUACCGAGAUGAUCUGACCUGGCUGAAGGGCAUUGGCUGUGCUGUUUAUGACACCCCUGAGAUUCUGCGUGCCAAGAACUCAUACAAUCUUCAAAGUGACGUACAAUACAAAGCUAAGGCAGCUGAUUAUAUGAGGAACAAUUACACCGUGGUUACAGACACGCCUACCUAUGUUCAAGCUGUCAUCAGUAAUAAGCAGAUGAGCGAUCUUGUCUAUCGUCAUGACUAUGUGAGCAAUGUCAAAGGCACAAUGACUUCCUGUGCCACCUCCAUGGAUUUGGAGAGAGCGCGUGAAGCUAACAAGAUCCAGAGCAGCAAUCUGUAUAAAGAAGCCAGUGUGAAAUUGAUGCCGACUGGAUACACGCUUCCUUCUGACACCCCAGCCAUCAGACAAGCAAAGCACUCCAGCGUCAUCCAGAGCAACCACAAGUACAAAGAAGCCUAUGAGCACAUAAAAGCCAAGUCCUACACUCUGCUGCCAGACAGUGUGAACUUUGUCAAUAUAAGGAAGACGAACACAGUCAUUAACCCGCGUUUAUACCGUGAAAAGUAUGAGCAUGAGAAGGACAAGAUCCAUACAACCUACGACACCCCUGAAAUCAGACAAGUCAAAGCCACUCAGAAAGCAGUCAGUGAUAUCUCCUACAAGACAAACUACCUCAACAUGAAAGGGCACCUGAUUUCUAUGCCUAUGACCCCCGAGUUGGUGCAUUGCCGCUACGUUAAUGAAAUCACCAGUGACUUGAAAUACAAAGAGGACUUGCAGUGGCUGAAGGGAAUGGGAUGCUUCCUGUAUGAUACCCCUGAAAUGGUCCGUGCCCGGGGCGUGUCUAAACUCUGGUCUGGAUAUACCACUGCAGCUAAGAAGAUGCAUGAUAAAUUCACUGUUGUGCUGGAUACUCCUGAAUACAGAACUGCAACAGAACUCAAAACACACUUGAGUCACCUGGUUUACAGAGCUGCUGGUAAUGAGAUGAAGACUAAAUACACUGCACUGCCAGACAGCAUUGACGUCCAGAGGGCCAAAAUGGGUCAACAGAUCCAGAGCCAGUACCUGUACACUGAACUGGCAACCAAGGAGAGACCUCACUUCACCUCUGAAUCUCAGACACCAGCCAUGAAACACGCCAGACAAAUGCAAGUGGUGACCAGCGAGAAUAAAUACAAGGCGCAGUAUGAAAAGAUGAAGAACAAGUACACCCCCAUCGCAGACACUCCCAUUGUGGUCAGAGCCAAGAAGGCUUAUCUCAACGCCAGUGAUCUGCGCUACAAGGAAGCCUUUGAGAAUGCAAAGGGACACUACCACAGCGUGAAAGAUGCCCUGGACAUUAUCUAUCAUCGCAAGGUCACUGAUGACAUCAGCGAAGUGAAAUACAGAGAGAAGUAUAUGAACGAGCUGGGGCUGUGGAGGUCUAUUCCCGACCGCCCCGAGAACUUCCAUCAUCGCAUGGUCAGCAACGCCGUCAGCGAUGUCAAAUACAAAGAAGACCUGACCUGGCUGAGGGGCAUUGGGUGCUACGUGUGGGACACUCCGGAAAUGGUCCUGGCCGAGCACAACAAAAGCCUCUACAGUGGGAACAAGUACCGUGCCUCAUCUGAGAAGAACAAAGCCAACUUCAAGUACACAGCCGACAACCCUCUGUAUGAAACCGCCAAACACGCAGCUCAGCUCAUCAAUCAGAAAAAGUAUAAGUCUGUGGCCAAGAAGCUGUUGCAGCAGGGUUGCAAUGAAAUUCUGCGUCCGGAUAUCCUGACUGCACUUUACAACACAAACCUGUGGAGCCAGUGGAAGUACAGGGCAGAAUAUGAGAAGGAAAAGGACAAGUACACCUCUGUAUUGGACACCCCUGAACACGCUCGCACUCAGAAAGUCAACAAGCAGAUCAGCGACAUCAUUUACAAGAUGGAACACAAUAAGACCAAGGCUAAGGGCUACACCCUGGGGCACGAUACCCCAUCGCUGCAGCACAUGAAGAAGGUGAAGGAGAGACUCAGCUUGCUGAAAUACAAGGAGGAGUAUGAGAAGAACAAGGCUCACGUCACAAUCGAUCCGGGUGCUUUUGAAAUCAAGGCUGCGAAGGAAGCUUAUGAUAAUAUCAGCAAUCUUACCUACAGGAAGAAGUAUGAAGCUACUAAAAACAAAUGGAUCUGGACCGUUGACAGGCCUGACUUUGUUCACGCUGUGAAGACAUCCUUCCAGCAGAGCGAUGUUGAGUAUAAGUAUGACAGAGAGGUGCUGAAAGGAUGCAAACUGUCUGUGACUGAUGACAAGACCAUGAUGCUGGCGAUGAAGAACAAUGAGAUGGCUAGUGAUGUGAAAUACAGAGAGAAGUAUGAGAAAGCCAGGGGCUUCUACAAGACUGUGGCAGACACUCCUCAGAUGCUCCAUGCAAAAUCUGUUGGCUCCCUGGUUUCAGAGUCUAAAUACAAACAAGCCAGUAAGAAGGAGCUACAAAUGGGAUCCUUUACCACAUUGUCUGAGACCCACGACACUGUGCGUGCCAAAGAAGCCUCCAACAUCCUUAGCCAGAAACAAUACAAGCAGAAGUUUGAGAAUGAGAAAGGCAAGUCCAACUAUGCUAACAUGCAGACUCCCCCCGAUGUGAAGCACGCAAUGGAUGUUGCAAAGAAUCAGAGUAACAUUGCCUACAAACAGGCAGCCAAGGCUCAGCUGCAUUACACCUCUGUUGCCGAUCGUCCAGAUAUUAGGAAGGCCACCCAGGCUGCUAAACUGAUCAGCGAUAUUGGGUACAGAGAUAAAGCUCGCCAAGAAGCCAGCCGCGGAGUGUCCAUGGUCGGCCGUCCAGAUAUUGAACUGGCCCAAGAGGUGUCCAAGCUGACCAGUAAGGAGGAGUCUGAAACGAAGGCAGGGCACGGAGCUGCUUCCUAUGACACCCCUCAGAUGAGACACCUUAAGAAAAUGAGUGCCCUCAUUAGUAAUGUGAAGUACAAGGAGAAGUUUGAUAAGGAGAUGAAGGGAAGGAAACCACAGUUUGACUUGAAGAACAGUAAGAAUUACCAGACUAUGAAAGAUGCGAAUAUUCUUGCUAGUGAAGUGAAGUACAAAGGGGAUCUGAAGAAGCUCCACAAGCCUGUGACUGACAUGUCUGAGUCUCUGUCGAUGCAGCAUAACCUGAGCAGUAGCAAGCUGGCCAGUGAUUACCGAUACAAGAAGGACUUUGAGGACAGUAAGGGUCACUACCACAUGGUGCCAGAUACCCUUGCACAGAUUCACCAUAAGGAGGCUACAGAACUCCAAAGUCAAGUGAAAUACAAGGAGCAACACGAGAAAGAAAGAGGCAAGGCCAUGCUGGACUUUGAGACCCCCUCCUAUAUCACUGCCAUGGAGGCACAGCAGAUGCAGAGCGAGAAAACUUAUAAGAAGGACUUUGAAGAGUCCAUGAAAGGCAGAAACCUUUCUGGCUUGGAGGACACACCAGCAUCAAUACAUGUCAGAUAUGCAACUAAAAUAGCAAGCGAGAAAGAGUACAGGAGGGAUCUAGAAGAAGGCGUCAAGGGUAGAGGGAUAACAGGGCUGGAGGAAACUCCUGAGAUGCUGAGAGCAAAGAAUGCUACUCACAUCUUGAAUGAGAGAGAAUACAAGAAGUCUCUGGAGCUGGAGAUCAAAGGAAAAGGCAUGUUGGCUUUGGCUACUGACACCCCUGACUUCAUGAGGGCCAAGAAUGCCACAGAUAUCCUCAGCCAGAGUAAGUACAAGCACACCGCGGAGGUGGACAGAUCCAACUACACCUCAGUGACUGACACCCCUGAGAUUAUCCACGCUCAGCAGGUCAAGAACAUAGUGAGCAAGAAAAAAUACAGAGAGGAGGCUGACAAGACCAUGUCUCACUAUGUGCAAGUUGUGGACACACCUGAGAUGCAGAGAGUCCGUGAGAAUCAAAAGAACUUCAGCAGUCUACAGUACCAGAGUGACCUUAAAAGCAGUAAAGGGAAAGUGUCAGUGGUAAAAGACACUCCUGAAAUGCUGCGUGUUAAAGAAAAUCAAAAGAAUUUCAGCUCGAUUUUAUACAAAGAGGAAGUGGGAACAGGAACCUCUUUAAAAGACACCCCCGAGAUGCAGAGAGUUAAGCAAACUCAGCAGGCGAUCAGCACGAUAAAGUACAAGGAAGCUGUUGGAACAGGAACAGCAAUCCCUGAUCUCCCCGAAGUGAAACGAGUAAAGGAGACUCAGAAGAACAUCAGCUCGGUGUUGUAUAAGGAGAACCAGGGGAGUGGAACCCCAGUGGAUUACACUCCAGAGAUGGAGAGAGUCAAGCGCAAUCAAGAACACAUUAGCUCGGUGUUGUAUAAGGAGAAUCUGGGGAGGGGAACCCCAAUGGAUUACACUCCAGAGAUGGAGAGAGUCAAGCGCAAUCAAGAACACAUUAGCUCGGUGUUGUAUAAGGAGAACCAGGGGAGGGGAACCCCAAUGGAUUACACUCCAGAGAUGGAGAGAGUCAAGCGCAAUCAAGAACACAUUAGCUCGGUGUUGUAUAAGGAGAAUCAGGGGAGGGGAACCCCAAUGGAUUACACUCCAGAGAUGGAGAGAGUCAAGCGCAAUCAAGAACACAUUAGCUCGGUGCUGUACUCGGACAGCUUCCGCAAACAGGUGCAGGGCAAAGCAGCCUUCUACCUGGAUACACCUGAGAUGAGGCGCGUCAAGGAGACACAGCGCAACAUCUCAGCGGUGAGGUACCACGAGGAAUUUGAGAAAAGCAAGGGCAGCUUCACCCCGGUGGUCUCUGACCCCAUCACAGAGCGCGUCAAGAAGAACACGCAGGACUUCAGUGACAUCAACUACCGCGGAAUCCAGCGGCGCGUGGUGGAAAUGGAGAGACGCAGAGCUGCUGAGCACGACCAGGAGAGCACCACAGAUCUGCGAGUAUGGCGUACCAAUCCUGGCUCAGUCUUUGACUAUGACCCAGCUGAGGAUAACAUCCAGUCAAGGAGUCUACAUAUCAUGUCUGUUCAAGCCCAGCGCCGCAGCCGGGAGCACUCCCGUUCCACUAGCGCCCUGAGCCUCAGCGCUGGGGAUGAGAAGUCCGAGGCCUCAGAGAAUGCAGAGCACCACCUCUCUCAGUACAGCAACGGAGGGUUCUACACUGUAUCUACAACAGAUUAUAAGCAAGCCAAAACCACUGAACUACCUCAGCAGAGAUCUUCCUCUGUUGCUACCCAGCAGACAACUGUGUCAUCUGUCCCCUCUCACCCAUCCACCACUGGAAGAGCUUGCCGUGCCGUGUAUGACUACACUAGCGCAGACGCUGAUGAGGUUUCCUUCAAAGACGGAGAUACCAUUGUAAACGUACAAGCAAUUGACGAAGGCUGGAUGUAUGGAACUGUGCAGAGGACUGGGAAGACAGGCAUGUUGCCAGCCAACUACGUGGAAGCAAUCUAAAACUGGCAAGAGACAAUUUGAUGGACAUAAGCCACAUCCACAUGGUACUAAAUAGGGCACUUCCACAACACUAAAAAUAAUCACUUUUUUUCCUUUGUAAAGCCCAAUCCUAGAAUCCAUUUCAUAGCAAAUACUUCAGUAAACAUACCCACUUAAGAUAUUAAAUACCAUAUUGGGCCCCUACUAGAUUUUAAAUCUGCCUUAUUCUUCCUGUGCAUGUACCUUAUGAGAUCCAUUAACAGAACCUUACCUAGAACAACUUGUGAAUGAUCUUGCUGUAAUUUAGCAUUGCAUACAUGUUUCUAACCGAUUAGCUCUAGAUCUUCCUAGACGCACUAAAACCAUUUUCAUGGUAUCCGAUGCAAACAAUAGCAACCUUGUCUUUGUUAUGUCAUCUACUGUACACCUUCAAACAAUAUGUUAAUUAUCAACAGAAUGUUUAGGAUGGGGAAAUUUGCACGAGACCAGAGAAGGGUAAAACAUGAACUUGAAGACCAUUUUAAAAUUGAAGACCAUUUUAAAAAUGAAAGUAUUAACUGGAGCCUGUACUGUGUCAAGCACUAUUUAUAUUUAAAGUCCUUUUGCUAUUCGUACAAAAAGAACGUCCAACGUCAUGUCUCCCUUCUAAAACCAGAGGUUAAGUUCCACCUAAAGUGUUUUUUUAUUCUCGAUGUCAAACCAGUUUUAAGUUAAGCGCUCCAGAGACAAACCUCUCUCUCUUCAGCCUGCUGAAUACUUGUGACUAGUGCAUGUGUGUUUUGUUUCUGCCUGUUAUCUAAGUCUGGCUGUGUUCCUUGUAAGAGUGAAUAAUAAAGUACAUCGUGUUUCUGCA